CUCAUUGUUGUGCAGUAGAAGGUCAUGUCGAGCGGGACGAUCAGUUCAAUGUCGGGUUCGGGUUCGGGUUCGGGCUCGGGUGUGCAGCGCAGCCACCCGCGGACGGCGUCCGUCACGCGCAAGACAGCCGAGACCGACAUCAAGCUGACGCUGAACGUGGACGGGACUGGCGUGCACACGAUCGACACUGGCGUUGGGUUUCUGGACCACAUGCUGAGCGCGCUGUCCAAGCACUCGCGGAUGGACCUCGUCCUAACCUGCAAGGGCGACCUGCACAUUGACGACCACCACACGGUCGAGGACUGCGGCAUUGCGCUCGGACGCGCCUUCCACACGGCCCUGGGCGAUCUCAAGGGCAUUCGCCGCUUUGGCCAUGCAUACGCCCCGCUCGACGAGGCCCUCGCUCGAGCUGUGGUCGACAUCUCAGGGCGGCCAUUCGCAGACGUCAAUCUCGAUCUCAAGCGCGAGCGCAUCGGCACGCUGUCCUGCGAGAUGAUCCCGCACUUCCUCGAGUCGUUCGCGACCGCCGCUUGCAUCACCCUGCACAUUGACGUCCUCAAGGGCAAGAACGACCACCACAAGAGCGAAUCGUCAUUCAAGGCCCUGGCAUUGGCCAUCCGCUAUGCAGUCGCCUCCUCGGGCAUUGAUGACAUUCCCAGCACCAAGGGUGUCUUGUAGAGAGAGAGCGAGCAUGAGCUUUUGGGGUUGUUCCAGUCGUUUGUCAAGUCCAGUCGUUUGUCCAGUCCAGUCGUUUGUCCAGUCGUUUGCCAUGUCGUUUCGGGUCGGUUUCGGGGUUGUGGAACGCUUCUUUUGGAUGCUGCUUCGAUGCGUUGCCCUUGCUUUGCAUUGCCUUCGCUUUGUGUUGCAACCCCCAUGCCAAUCACAGCUUUGAUUUUGAUCUGCUCCCGAUAGCUUCG